AUGCUCUGGGCAAACACAGUCAUAAGGGGCUACGACGCCCUCUGCUCCUCUCCACAUGCCACUGAUGGAAGAGUCUCUGAACACUUGCUGCAGAGUGAACAACAUGUCAUACCUCGCCAAGAGCUCAUGAUCACCGCAGGCGCCAACCAGGCAUUCGUCAAUGUCAUUCUCGCAACAUGUGACGCGCGUGAUCAAGUGCUACUCAUCCUGCCCUACUACUUUUCUCACUUUAACGCUCUGGUUAUGACUGGUGUUAUCCCAGUCCUGGUACCUAUUGAAAGAGAAACGUUGCAGCCCAAGCUAGCCGAUAUAGCACAACGAAUCACACCGCGAACAACUGCUCUUGUCGUGGUCAACCCUGGCAACCCUUCCGGAAAAGUAUUCCCCAAAGCUCUCAUGGAGGGCAUGAGAGACCUUUGCUCGCGCUCCGGCAUCUGGCUCAUAAUCGACGAAGCGUAUCGAGAGUUUGUGCACCAAGGCGAAUCAAGGAUAGCCUUCUCGCCAACCAAUGUGGACAACGUCGUCCGCAUCUUCACAGCGUCAAAGGCCUACGGGCUCGCCGGCUGGCGUAUCGGCGCCGUGCUGUACCCGAAGCGCUUGUCCGCAGACAUGCGGAAAGCGCAGGACACGAUACCCACCCAUGCGUGCCGCUUCAGUGAGCACGUCGCGUACGAAUCGCUGCUCACAAACCCCUUGCAUGAAACAACCGCCCUCCCUUGCAACAUCACUUUGCUUGGCAAGGUCCGCAAAACAUUCAUUGCAUUCCUCAAGCCGGUCUACGAAAAUACGCCUUUCGAAGGCGACUUUGUGAUCCCGGACAGCGCCUUCUACCUUUUCCUUCCUUACCGGAAGACUUUGGGGAACGCUCAAGACGGGGAACGGGACGACAUGGAAGCCGUGGACUUCCUCGCGCGCAAGCAUGGGGUGCUGCUCGUGCCGGGAUUCGCAUUUGGCAUGGCUGGGUAUCUGCGAGCGUCGUAUGGUUGCUUCGAAGAAGACAGAGCCUCAGUUGCGGCUGGUAAGCUUGCAAAAGGCAUGAGGGAGGUGUUGCAAAGAGCAAAGGUCGGUGAAGGUGAAGAGGGAUGGUGA